AUGGCUGCGCACGAAGAGAAGGCAAGCUGGCGUACUAUGCCCAGAAAAGACCAGCUUGCGAUUCUGUUCCUGCUACGCUUCGUCGAGCCUUCCGUGAAGUACUCCGUCACGACAUAUCUGUACUACCAGUUGAAGUCACUCGACCCCUCGCUGUCAUCAGGAGAAGUCAUCCGGCAGUCAGCCACAAUGCAAACGGCGUACAUCAUCGGCCAGUGUUUGUCAUCUCUGGUACUUGGAAAGAUUGCCGACUCUCCUAGGGGAGGCCGCAAAUUCGUACUUCUGCUCGGCACAGCCGCUUCAUCAGGCCAAUUAGCCGACCUACCAAGUAGGUUUCCUGGAAGAUUUGGGAACGUCUGGCUCCUGAAGAAUUACCCAUACGCACCGCCUGCUUUGGCGAACGGGGCCAUUCUAUUAUUCGCAUUCCUGGCAGUUUUCUUCUUCCUCGAGGAGACAUCCCCGCAGCUGAAAGAUCGUAAUGAUUUCGGAUUGGGGAUCUCGAGAAAGUUAAAAACCUGGAUUAGUCGUCUCCGUCAUGGUCCUUCGUAUUCUCGUCUUCAAGACGAGGGCUCGCAUACUUCCACGGAGAUGGAGGCCGUGGGCCUUAUGGCACCAGGAACACCAGAAUCAGACCUUGCACGGAGGUCAGAGAGCGAAUACGAUGAGGAGCGAGACGGAGCUGAGCAAGAAGAGAAGAAUGUAGCAAUUGCGCAGCAAAAGACGAAAACCCCCGCAGUGCUUCCCCUUCGGCGGAUCAUGACGAAAAACCUCUGCCUCAUGCUCCUGACCGCCGCUAUUCAAGAAGGCCAUACAGCAGCAUACACAUCUCUCUGGCCAAGCUUCCUCAGCGACCCUGUGGUUGCGAAUCCGUACACUGAUGCUUUGCCCUUCCGCUUCUCUGGCGGUGCCGGACUGGCCCCUUCCGACAUUGCCAUCACACUCUCAGUGGUUGGUGCGAUGGCUCUGCCAGUGCAAUUCCUGAUAUACCCUCGGAUCAGUCAGCGGUUAGGCACAAUGCGGACCUGGCGUUUGUUCAUGCGGGGCUUUCCGCUGGUCUACAUUCUUGUCCCAUAUGUUGCCGUCAUGGCCCGCGCUCUUGGCAAUCACAGCCCUGCCACCUGGACGUUCAUCAUCUUGGUGCAGGUCCUCUUGAUGGUAUGCGCGUCUUUCCUGACGCCGUCGCAGCUCAUUCUGAUCCGAUAG